UCCAUUCAUCAUGGCUUCCAGCCUAACAAUGGAGCAGAAUUCCUCAAUGGCGUUCCUCAUUCUCUCAUUGUUUUGUCUGUUGGCCUCUGUAGCUCAAGCAAACUAUUAUUACAAAUCCCCUCCUCCUCCACCAUCUCCUUCUCCACCACCUCCCUAUUAUUACAAAUCUCCUCCACCUCCCUCUCUUUCUCCACCACCACCUUUUUCAUCUCCUCCUCCUCCAUAUCAUUAUAAUUCCCCUCCACCACCAUCUCCUUCUCCACCACCUCCCUAUCGCUAUAAAUCUCCUCCUCCUCCCUCUCCUUCUCCCCCUCCACCAUAUCGCUAUUCUUCUCCACCACCACCUUCUCCAUCCCCUCCACCUCCAUAUCACUACAAGUCUCCUCCACCACCGUCUCCUUCUCCACCACCUCCUUCUCCAUCCCCUCCCCCUCCUUAUCACUACAAGUCUCCCCCACCACCAUCUCCUUCUCCACCACCUCCCUACCAAUAUAAAUCUCCUCCCCCACCCUCUCCAUCUCCCCCACCCCCUUAUCAGUACAAAUCUCCCCCACCACCAUCUCCUUCUCCCCCACCUCCCUACCACUAUAAAUCUCCUCCUCCCCCUUCCCCAUCUCCGCCACCCCCAUAUCACUACAAGUCUCCCCCACCACCAUCUCCAUCUCCUCCUCCCCCUUCUCCAUCUCCUCCACCUCCUUAUCACUACAAAUCUCCCCCACCACCAUCUCCUUCUCCCCCACCUCCCUACCACUAUAAAUCUCCUCCUCCCCCUUCGCCAUCUCCCCCAUCACCUUCUCCAUCCCCUCCCCCUCCAUAUCACUACAAAUCUCCCCCACCACCAUCUCCAUCACCACCUCCACCAUAUCUUUAUCCAUCACCAUCACCAUAUCAUUACAAAUCUCCUCCACCUCCUGCAAAAUCUCCACCACCUCCCCCUCCAGUCUACAAGUACAAAUCUCCACCCCCUCCCGUUUACAAGUACACAUCGCCCCCUCCUCCUCCCCCCUUCUACAAAUAUAAAUCACCCCCUCCCCCAGUGUAUAAGUACACUUCUCCUCCUCCACCUCAUUAUUAAGGAGCUGAGGCAUCAAUAAGGUACAAUAUGUCAUUUGCUUGCUUCAAAACGAGGUGGGCAGAUGCGGUACCUACUUAUUUACUUAUAUAUUUGCAAUGAGCUUCUGGAAGUUGUUGAAUUCAACGAUCAAAAGUUCAGAGCUUCAAUUUCGAGGUUGUUUCCAAGUUGGAUUAUCUGAAAGAUUCAAUUCAACAUGAAAGAGAAAUCAAUACUGAGCAAUCGUCAAAGCCAGGGGAGCAAUAAAUCCGCCUCAGUUCAUUGGAUUGCUUAGUAAUGUGAUGGUUAUCUGCCUAAUAAGGCUCUGAUGUGUGUGACAUUUUCAGAAAAUAAAACAAAAUGUAUUGCAUUACCUUGAAAA